GUUUUGAUUUUGCAUUCAAGCUUGUGUGGAGUAAAGACUUACUGACUGGACUGACUAGGCUACCCAACUCUUAUUCGACUGAAAAUGUUUAAACUACAGUUGUUGCGUGUGUUUUUAAAUGAGCGUUUAACGGCGGCUGCUGUGGAGAUUUUUGGGGCAGUUGAGAAAACGGUAAUGGAGUACCAGGAGGAGAAUGAUCGGCUACGGAGACUGCUGCGGAUCACACCGGAGCUCAUUACACCAGAGAUACAACUAUGUCGAACUGACUCCCUGCAGCUCUCUCUCUCUGAAGAGCAGGUUCCCCAUGAGCAGCAGCACUGUGAGCAGGAGUGGAGCCCCAGUCUGGGACAGGAGGAUUCAGAGACCACACAGAUUAAAGAAGAACAGGAGGAAGUCAGCACCAGUCAGGAGGAAGAGCAGCUUCAAGGGUUCUUUGACACCAAAGCCUCCAUAUUUACUCCUUCCUGUGUGAAAAGUGAAUGUGAUCAGGAGGAAUCACUUCAUUCCCUGACUCUUCCCCAAACCCGGACUGUGGAGAACAGAGAGAGUGACUCUAAACCAAUGAAUCUCAAACCUUUUGGCAUUGUGACCCGCCUAAAGGAUCUCAACAUUCUGUAUGACCCUCCAGAUAAUCAAAACAAUGCUUUCAUCCUCAGCUCAGCCGUAAGCAGCGACCCAGUAGGACUUUACAGCAGCCCACCAUUGGAUCCCAACCCACCAAUGGAGAAACAGUGUUUCAUACCCAGCACAUCUAGAAAAACUCACCACUGCCGUGACUGUGGUGAAACAUUUGCACUGAAAGCUGACCUGCAGAGGCAUGUGACUCACACCAGGAAGAGACCCAGUGAAUGCCUCUUCUGCAAAAAACUCUAUAACUCCACCUGUAAACUGAAGGCCCAUGUCAGGCUCUGUCAUGGUGGGAAACCCUGCACCUGCCCCUUUUGUGGAAAGACCUUCAAACAAAAAGGACAUCUGUCCAGGCACAUGAGUAUUCACACAGGAGAGAAACCAUUUUGCUGUGGUGACUGUUGGAAAAGCUUCAAUCGUAAGGAGCACCUUACCAGGCAUAUACGCAUUCACAGAGGAGAGAAACCUUUUAGCUGUGGUGACUGUGGGAGAAGCUUCAAUCGCAAGGAGCACCUAACUGAACAUAGACAGACUCACACAGGAGAAAAACAACAUGGCUGCUCAGUCUGUGGUAAAAGAUUCACUCGGAAGACUCAUCUACUGAAACAUAUGGAUAAUAUCCACAAAGAGAGGAAAACAGACAGAAGAAAGAAAAUCUUCAGUCAGAAGAUGGGAAUAAAAAGGCAGAAUGUGGACAACACUCUUAGGAAAGGAAAGCAACUCCAGACCAUUCAUACUAUGGGUCUCAGAUAAAUAAAUCUUUGAAUGUAAAUUAAGUUUGAUCAUUACCUCAUCAUUCAAAUCAAACAGUACAGAGUAUUGUAGGAAAUUCACAGGUCUGCUGUAAUAAUAAUAAUAAUAAGUAAUAAUUCAUUACAUUUGUAAAGGGCUUUUAAUUAUACAGAAUAAUCUCAAAGUGCAUAAAAUGAAAACCCCCAAAAUAUAUAUUAAUGGACACAAUUACACGGGGCAACUGACAGAUGACGCUACAAGGGACAUGGACAAGGAGGGAUAUUGCCAUGAAUACACUGGAAAGUCAGCAGGAGGGGUUUGAAUUCAGUCUGGAAUGAGAUGGGGAGCCAGUACAGAGAUGCCAGGGUGGGGGUGAUGUGAUGGUGUUGAGAUGGGGAGCCAGUACAGAGAUGCCAGGAUGGGGGUGAUGUGAUGGUGUUAAGAUGGGGAGCCAGUACAGAGAUGCCAGGAUGGGGGUGAUGUGAUGGUGUUGAGAUGGGGAGCCAGUACAGAGAUGCCAGGAUGGGGGUGAUGUGAUGGUGUUGAGAUGGGGAGCCAGUACAGAGAUGCCAGGAUGGGGGUGAUGUGAUGGUGUUGAGAUGGGGAGCCAGUACAGAGAUGACAGGAUGGAGGUGAUGUGAUGGUGUUGAGAUGGGGAGCCAGUACAGAGAUGCCAGGAUGGAGGUGAUGUGAUGGGGAGCCAGUACAGAGAUGAUGUGAUGGGGGUGAUGUGAUGGUGUUGAGAUGGGGAGCCAGUACAGAGAUGCCAGGAUGGGGGUGAUGUGAUGGUGUUGAGAUGGGGAGCCAGUACAGAGAUGCCAGGAUGGGGGUGAUGUGAUGGUGUUGAGCCAGUACAGAGAUGCCAGGAUGGGGGUGAUGUGAUGGUGUUGAGAUGGGGAGCCAGUACAGAGAUGCCAGGAUGGGGGUGAUGUGAUGGUGUUAAGAUGGGGAGCCAGUACAGAGAUGCCAGGAUGGGGGUGAUGUGAUGGUGUUGAGAUGGGGAGCCAGUACAGAGAUGCCAGGAUGGGGGUGAUGUGAUGGUGUUAAGAUGGGGAGCCAGUACAGAGAUGCCAGGAUGGGGGUGAUGUGAUGGUGUUGAGAUGGGGAGCCAGUACAGAGAUGCCAGGAUGGGGGUGAUGUUGAGAUGGGGAGCCAGUACAGAGAUUCCAGGAUGGAGGUGAUGUGAUGGUGUUGAGAUGGGGAGCCAGUACAGAGAUGCCAGGAUGGAGGUGAUGUGAUGGUGUUGAGAUGGGGAGCCAGUACAGAGAUGCCAGGAUGGAGGUGAUGUGAUGGGGAGCCAGUACAGAGAUGAUGUGAUGGGGGUGAUGUGAUGGUGUUGAGAUGGGGAGCCAGUACAGAGAUGCCAGGAUGGGGGUGAUGUGAUGGUGUUGUGAUGGGGAGCCAGUACAGAGAUGCCAGGAUGGGGGUGAUGUGAUGGUGUUGAGAUGGGGAGCCAGUACAGAGGUGCCAGGAUGGGGGUGAUGUGAUGGUGUUUCGCACUCUCAUCAGGAUCCUGGCAGGGCUGUUCUGGAUGUACUGGAGACUUUGGGACUGACAGGGAUCCAGGUGAAGACUGUGUUGUAGUCCUGGAGACUCCUGACAGGGAUCCUGGUGAAGACUGUGUUGUAGUCCUGGAGACUCCUGACAGGGAUCCUGGUGAAGAGUACGUUGCAGUAGUCCAGCCUUGCAGAGAUAAAGGCAUGGACAAGCUGUACAAAGUCUUUAUCAUGUUUUUAUAUCAUUACAAAUAGGAAUAUCUGGUCGUUUGAUUCAGAAUGUCUCUCAGGGUGAUGAGAUAAUAGUCGGAUGGAUGUUAUCGAUACAUGAAAUAAAAUUCCAGAAAAGGUCUC